AUGACAAUCCCAGCUAUCCCAACACGCCAACGAGCCGCCGUCCGUCAGGGCACAGGCGAAUCCGCCACAACGACCAUCGAGAACAUCGACGUCCCGCAACCCGGGCCGGGCCAGAUCCUGGUAAAGAUCAACUGGACUGGAGUCUGCGGCUCAGACAAGUCCCUCCUGCACGACGACUGGAAGGAUUUCGGGGUGAACAUGCUGCCCCAGAGCCAGGGGAUCGCGGGACACGAAGGGGCCGGCAUUGUCGUCGCCGUCGGUGAGGGCAUGCAGAAGCGGUGGAAGGUCGGAGAUCGGGCGGGCAUUAAGUGGAUCGCGAGUACCUGUGGGGAAUGCGAGUUUUGCCUCAAUGGAGUCGAUGAGGUGCAUUGUGAGAAGCAGAUUAACAGUGGGUUUUCAGCCCCGGGGACGUUCCAAGAGUAUUGUCUUGUUGAUGGGAGGUAUACGUCGAAGAUACCGGAUGGGGUUUCGGAUGAGGAAGCCGGUCCGAUUAUGUGUGGGGGUGUCACUGCUUAUACGGCUUGUAAGAGGUCUGCCGUCAAAUCUGGUCAAUGGCUUGUGCUUCCCGGUGCUGGAGGUGGACUAGGUCAUCUGGCUAUCCAAUAUGCGCGCGCAAUGGGCAUGCGGGUCCUCGCUAUUGAUGGCGGAGACGAGAAGCGGGACCUUUGUGAGAAGCUCGGAGCCGAAGCAUACAUUGAUUUCCAGAGCUUCAAAGCCCCUGCGGACCUGAAGGAUGAGGUCAUGAGGAUCACGAAGCACGGCGCACACGGCGUGGUCGUGACGGCGGCUAGCAAGACCGUCUACGAAUGGGCGCCCAUGUACCUCCGGCCCGGAGGCACAAUGGUGGUGGUUGGUCUCCCUAAUGAUCCUUCCAUUCUAGCAGGCGCACCACCGCUCGUGAUGGCUUUGAGACGAUUAAAUAUUGUCGGUAACAUCACUGGGAGUUUGAAAGAUGUAGAGGAGGCGCUUGAUUUUACGGCGCGGGGCAUUGUACAUCCAAUUCUGUCAAAGGGGAAGUUGGAAGACUUGGAUUCGUGGAUCGAGAAGCUGAAGGCUGGUCAGGUGGCCGGUCGUGCGGUGUUACAGGUGGCAGCAUAG